CCGGCGCGGGGCAGCGGUGCGCACGGGGCCAUUUGCAGCGCAAGCAGCCUAGCGAGCAGCCGCAGCGCCCUAGUCCGGAGGGAGGCGGCACCAUGGAGUUGAAGAAGGACAUCAACGCGGUGUCUAUCGACAUGCUGCUGAUCGUGCACUCGGAGAAGCGGCGCGCGGCACAGAGUACGCACUCAGACCAGCAGGCGGACCCGGGCGCGCUGCUGCAGCGCGGCGGAGGUUUCCAAGGUGUUGGAAAUGGAGUCCGAAGAUGGCAGAAAUUAGAAGGAAACGACCUUCAGGGAAACCGGGUGGAAAAGCAGCACCUUCAGCAGCCCCAGGUCAUCACUUCCUAUGAAAACCAAGGGACACAGCUGACUGUGGAAGUUCACCCUCGAGAUGCCAUGCCCCAGUUUCUCAAGAAGUUCUCCUUGGCUAAACGUUUACAAGGUGACAAAAAUGGAAACACAAGACCCCGACAGCCUGGAGGGAAAGAUGCCCAUGCCUACCCCUGGGACCGGUCCAGCCUGAAAUCCAUGUCCCUGGACCUACGGCAGUUUGAGAAACUGGACACCUAUGCCUCACAGGUGACGGCCAAGAGCGGCCUGGAUGAGCUGGUGAGUGACCUGCUUCAGGAGGCCCACACUGACCUGGAAAUGGUCCGUGCCAUCUGGAUCUGGAUCUGCCAUCACAUAGAGUAUGACAUUGCAACUGCCCAGGAGAAGGACCGCCAGGCCUUCAAACCCACUGACAUCCUGCGGACCCGGAAGACCAACUGCGAUGGCUAUGCUGGCCUCUUUGAGAGGAUGUGCAGGAUCGCGGGAGUGCAGUGCAUGACUGUGCCCGGCUACUCCAAGGGCUUCGGCUAUCAGACAGGGCAGAGCUUCUCUGGGGAGUUCGACCAUGCCUGGAACGCUGUGUUCUUGGAGGGGAGAUGGCACCUGGUGGACAGCACCUGGGGCAGCGGCCUGGUUGACACCACCACCUCCAAAUUCACCUUCCUCUCCCUCUACCAAAGCACUAAAAGCCUCCAGCACGUGCCCACAGGCCACAGCUACAACGAAUUCUACUUCCUCACCCAUCCUGCACUGUUCAUUGAGGACCAUUUCCCAGACAACAAGAACUGGCAACUGCUGAAACCACCACAAUCUCUAAGGCAGUUUGAGAACAAUAUGUAUCACAAGAGUGAAUUCUACAAUAAGGGGAUGCUGAGUGCCCACCCGGAGACAUCCACGGUCAGAACAGUAAAUGGGAAAGCUACAAUCACCAUUGAGAGCUGUGCCCCAACACUGUUCAUGUUUAUGCUCAAUGGCAAGCAGGAGCACGGGCUGCUGAGCCUCCGGAAGAACGGGAUGAAGCUGGAGGUGUACCCUGCAACCAUGGGCACCCACAAGCUGCAGAUCUUUGCCAAAGGCAACUCUGACAUCUACAGCUCGGUGCUGGAGUACACGCUCAAGUGCAACUACGUGGAUUUGGGAGUCCAGCUGCCGUCUGAGCUUCACCAGCCCGUGGGCCCCAGCUGGUUCUCGGAGCAGAUGGGCAUCACGAAGCCCUCCCACCCUGACCCCAUCAUCCACACCAGCGACGGGCGCUGCUCCAUCAGCUUCGGCGUGGAGGAGGGCAUCAGCAUCCUGGCUUCGCUGCAUGGGGAUGACGGCCCCGUCACUGAGGAGACGCAGCGGCGCUACAUCUUCCAGCUGCACCGGGAGAAGCGGGUAGAGCUGAGGGUCCAGCUGCCCCAUGCCGGCAAGUUUGCCCUCAAAAUCUUUGUCAAGAAGAGGCAGGAAGCAGGAAACUAUGUCUUUGUCUUCAAUUACCUCCUGUGCUGCGCCAACACCAAGGUCAACUGGCCUGUGUUCCCCGAGAGCUUUGGCAACUGGGGGCAGGACAAUGAGCUGCUAGAGCCCCUGUCGGGUGUGCUUCCCGCCAACCGGAACAUCCCAUUCAAACUGAAGCUGCACGGCAUUGCCAAAGUCCUAGUGAAGGGGCAGGACACGUGGCCCCUGACCCUGAGCCAUGAGGGCUACUGGGAGGGCAGCUGCAGCACAGCCGGCUGCCAGGAGGUCUACGUCAUGGUGCUGGAGAACGCUAACCACAACUUCUACUCCUACAUCCUGAAAUACAAAGUGAAUGCCCAGUGAGGGCCUGGCCCCACAGGCCCUCCAAAAGGCCAAGGCCAGGCCUGCCUGGAGGGGUCCAAAGGCAGUGCAGAGAGCCCUGGACACCACUGAGUCUGCAUGAAAUCACUUCUAGGCCUCUGCCUCAGUCUCCCUGCUCUGCCACAGAAGCUGUGAUAUUUAUGUUCUGAAGGCUUCACUCACUUGUCUCCCUGGCCCAGGGGACAGAGGCAAAGGCUCUUUAGAAGAAAAAGGUGCUAUGUAAAUCCAAGGUAUUGUAAACUGUA